AUGUCUUCUCCACGCGCGUCUUCCCCCGUCAACGCGGGCGCCGCGACUGGCUCGAGCACCGGCCGGCCCUCAUCCCCUCCGCCCCCUGGAGGCGCCCGAACUGCCAUUCGACGGAGAGCUGCGGCAGACCAGAAGGACAAGAUCGCAAAUGCGCGACCGAGCAGCACUCGGGCUGCUGGUGCAGGUGGCAGCAGUAGCACCAUGCUGAGACUCUACACCGACGAAUCCCCUGGCCUAAAGGUUGAUCCUGUUGUCGUCUUGGUCCUGUCUCUUGUCUUCAUCUUCAGUGUCGUCGCUUUACACAUCAUUGCGAAGGUCACGCGCCGAUUCUCCAGCUAA